UUGUGUCAUCGGUUGCUGUAAACAAAAUUUUGACUUGAAAUCUGACAAAAUAAAAAAUAACAAAAGUAAACGUUUAACGUUUAUAUUUCACACAAAAUGUUGAGAAAUUUGUUUUCGUCGGCUCUUAGGAAGAAUAUUUUGAAGUCUUUGAGCACAACCUCAGCGGAACAAGUCAGUGAAAACAAAAUUACUGAAAUCUUGCGAAAUAAAUUUCCUGAAUCACAUGUCAAAGUUGAAGAUAUAUCGGGUGGAUGUGGAGCUAUGUUUGAAGUUCACAUAGUUUCCAAUCAAUUCAAGAAUUUAUCAACAGUCAAACAACAUCAAAUGGUGAAUUUAGCACUCAAAGGUGAAGUAAAGCAAAUGCAUGGAAUAAGAAUUUUCACUCAAGCACAAUAACAAAAAUCCUUCAUGUUUCGUAGUAAUGAAGAAACCGACUUAUAACAUUUAGUAAAUAAAAUUCAAGAAUUAAAAAUUCCCUGACAUCUGUUUAAUCGUUUAUCUGCAGAAUUAACAAACCUAAAAGAACUUAUAAAGAACUAUCCAAAUUUCAAUUUUAUCCCUUAUUAAAAAUAUCACCAUAUGAGACCCAAGUGUUAUUAUAGAAUUUUGGAUUACUUCUCGGAUCAGCAAAGAGUGUCCGACGGUUAGGCGGUGCAUUAGUUUUAAUUUUAAUCAAUCUUUGAUUUAAUUUCUUUAAAAUAUUAGGAAACUUAUUAGCGAGGUUUGUUCUCUCGCAUGGAUCCUUAACAAUGUUGAAAAGACACGGCG